CGUCACUGAUCAAAAGCCUACUGUCCCAAAGAAGAAACUCUGUUGAGAGGCGACAUUCUUGGUUUGCGCCAAGUUUGUAAACUGUCAUCCAAACCGUGGAUUAUUUUAGGCAAAAAUGUCUACUAAGCCUCUGACUUCGUUUUUUAUCGAGGACAUACUGUCAAUCAAGGAAAAAUCACAAUGUAACACCAGGUGGGCUUCAAAUCAGUCUACGGAUGGGUGCGCGCUGUGGAUUGACGCACGGUCUGGCCAGGUUUCAGAUCACUUUAACUUGCAGGACACCGAAUUUGUAGCACGAAAAGAAUCUAGUGACAGACCUUUCGACGACUCCGAAGCAGCGAGAGGUUUUACAUCAUUGGGGAAGCAAAAACGCUCUCGCGCUGCUUUUACGCAUCUGCAAGUUCUUGAAUUGGAAAAGAAAUUCAAUCACCAGAAGUACUUGUCCGCUCCCGAAAGAUCUCACCUGGCCAACACUUUAAGACUAACUGAAACCCAGGUAAAAAUCUGGUUUCAGAACAGAAGAUACAAGACUAAAAGGAAACAAGCCACGGAGUUACAUAAAGACACAAGGAAAUCAGAAGGACUUGGUAUAGAGGACGAUUGUGUCAGAGCAUCACUUUUUGACACGUUCUACAAAUCCUACCAAUAUCGACCGUAUUUGUGUGACUUUGGAGGUGUCUGGAGACCCAUGGUUUGGUGAGAACCCCUGAAAACAAUGCAUAGGCCUGUAUGUGGGCUACUAAUAACGUCGUUUUACAACUGUUGAGAGCAUCAUAUAACGUAUCCACAAGGCUAAAUGUCAUUUUCCAUAAUGUGUUUUGUCGAUUUUUGUUAUUGUGUGUACACAGUAGUUUUAAUUAUAAAUAGCAAAACUGAAUGAGACGCAUUCCAGCUGCAUGCCCAAAACAAAUUCGACUGCUAUCGAAUUUAAUAGGAUGUUAAGAGCUUUUUGGAAUCAGAUGUGCUUCUUGUUAAUCAAUUCUAUCACGUGUCUCCAUAUAAAAAAUAUUGAGAAUAUUUAAAGAAAAUAUUAUUUCACGUUCAAUGCUUAUUGUAGACUCAUAAUAUAAUAAAAUAAAUAAUGUGAAA